AUCAUUUUUGGGGACACUUCCGGGUUCGUUUCCUUUACUUCUUAUCGAUUGGGUGAAAUUUAAUUCACCUUUGAGGCAGGUUCAGACGUAAUUCUUUUUGGUAAAUAUUUACGAACCCAAACAACGCUUUAUGCGCUAUUUUUAGCCCCCUUUUUGCCCGCCGGUAUAAAGCCUUAGCUUCUCCAACUGAGUCCUCAGUUUAACCAAAAACAUAUCUCGUUUAUACCAUAGUGAGUCAGAGUCGUUAAAUAAAGAGUUAUUUACUUAAUUUUUAUCCCUUUUUGGAAUUAAAUCCUUCAAAACGACGAGCCUUACAAGUCUAUUUGUUUACAAAUCCAAUUACAAGAUGCCCACGGAGUGUAUCACGAAUCCCCUUCAACGGGAACUCGCCGAUUCCAUCAUCCGAAUGGUGCCGUUGGAUGAAAUUAGGAUUCUUUUAGCAUGUGGGGCGAAGGUAAAUGAACCCGUAACUCAAGGAUUAAUGCCGUUGCACUACGCAGUGUGGCAACGUUAUUACGAAGCAACCCAACUUCUCUUAACUCGAGGCGGGGAUGUAAACGCCGUGGAUGAAUGCGGUUACAGCGCUUUACAUCUCUCCGCAGAGCACGGAUUCGCCGAAGUCGUGAAACUUUUGCUUCAAUCCGGCGCAAAAGUCGAUUAUAGACCCAACACGGACGAGCUUUUCCCAAGGACGAUGCUUAGCGACGAACCUCUCCGCCUCGCAAUCCGAAAUAAACACAAAGACGUCGCGAGGAUUCUCCUCGAAAACGGAGCCGAUCCAAAUAAACGUUAUUUCUUCGGUUCCGAAAUUAACUUGGUUACGGACCUUGAAUUUUUGGAGCUUUUAUUAACUUUCGGCGCCAACCCCGACAGCAGAGAUAGGGCCGGGUUAACCCCCUUAAUGAAAGCGGCCCGACAACCUCAUGGAAUGAGCGCCGUUUUACUUUUAAUUAAAUAUGGAGCUGAUGUUAAUGCGAUGGCUGAUCAUCGACAUGAUUAUAGAACGGUUCUUCAUUACGCCGUUUUAUCCGGAAAUUUGGAAAUCGUUGAGCUUCUAAUUAAACAAGGAGCUAAAUUGAAUUACGACGAAGUUUACGAAUUAGGAAAACCGAGCCCUUUAGAUUUAGCCAUAUUAAAAGGUGAUCCAAAAAUCGUUUCUUUACUCAUCAAAUCAGGAGCUGAUGUAAAUUGUAGCUCCCCAAUAAUCGGUUCACCUCUUCACGUAGCUUGCGCCGAUAACAUCCCAAAUCGCUUCGAAAUAUUACAAAUGUUACUUUCAGAGGGUGCCGAUCCUAAUUUAAAGGUUUACAAUGAAGUGGGUGAUAGGAAUUCGCAAUUAAGACCGGUUCUUGUUGAGUACGUGGCGAGUAACGAAAAUCUUAACCCGGAAGUGAUCACGUUACUCUUAAAAUACGGCGCGAGAGUUGUCAUGAAGACGCAAUUUAGAGACCCCGAUGGAAUAUUGAAUUCUUUGCAAAACGUGAUGAACUCGCCGACGAAAUCGAUUUUUCGUUUACUCGUCGAAGCGACCGAAUCGUUCGACGUUUGCAUGAUACGUAGGAGUUCGAUUUUAACGCAAGAACAAAAAGAUCUUCUCGUCAAUUUAGCGAGAACCCCGUUAAGUUUACGAAGACAAAUUCGAUUGUAUUUAAGAAAGAAAUUUGGAAGAAAAUUGGUCGAUGGCAUCGACAGCUUCGAUUUGCCCAAGUGUUUAAAUAAAUACCUCCUUUUCGAUUAUUACACCAAAACGAGCUCGUUUUAAUCGAUCAAUUCUUUUCUUUUUAAAUGUUUUAUUGGUGUGAUUAUAUUAUUGUGAUUUCUUCGCUACCUGAACGAAUGCGUUUUAACUUUUAGAAAGAUGUCCCAUUCUAUGUAGUUUUCUAUAUUUGUACAAUUUUUUGAUAAUAAUUGUGUGAAUUUUCGUUUCGGAAUAAAUUGGUUUUAAAAAUAA